GCCAGCAGGAGCUCCGUGCACUUGUACCCUGCCCCAGCAGCUGUGUUGCAGCACACAGCACAACCUCGGGCAAGACAGCCCAGACUGGAAUGAGAGGCACCCACAGCUGUGUCUGGAGAUGAUGUGCUAAAAAGGAAACACAGAAGUUCACAAAGAAGAAAUUUCUUGAAUGAGAAGGGUGACCAGGAGCGUUGUUUGUUACCUUCAGCCAGGAUGUUGUCUCACAUCUGCCUGAACUGGGCUCUCCUGGUGCUGCUCACAGGUUCCACAGUAUCAGGAUUUAUUGUGAUGGGAGAGGUGGGUCAGAACAUCACCGUGCCCUGCCACUACAGAGUCUGGAACAGAGACAGCAUCACCUCCAUGUGCUGGGGUCGGGACAGGUGCCCCAGUUCAAAGUGUUCCCAGCCCAUUAUCUGGACAGAUGGCUGGAGGGUGACAGAGCAGCACAGCAGCAGGUACCAGCUGAAGGGGGACCUGCAGAAGGGGGACGUGUCCCUGACAAUCGUGGACGCCAGAGAAACAGACUCUGGGAGCUACUGCUGCCGUGUGGAGAUCCCAGGGCUGUUCAAUGAUCAGCUGAUUAAUCUCGAGGUUGUGGUGAGGAAAGCAAGGAUCUCUACUGCAAGUCCUCACACUUACACCUCUGAACAGACCUCAGGUCCUGGCAGCAGCAGUGAAUCCUCCUCCACUGUCACAAGGACCUGGCCAUCAGAUUCUGCUUCAGAAGCUCCUCAGACUGCCUCUACUCCCUGCUCAGGCCCCUCAGACUGCCUGGAUGUGACUGCAAACCUGCAGAACACGUCUGUGUCACUGCCCCGUCAGCAGCACCCAGAGCGUGGGCUGUACAUUGGGCUUGGCUUAAGUGCAGCACUUCUGCUCCUCCUGAUUUUGGCUCUGCUCCUCACUAAACAAUAUUUUUACAACACGAAGAAGAUGGGUGGUUCUGCAGGCUUUGUUGCAUUUCGGAGUCCACGAGGUGUGGGAAGCCACAGUGCCCUGGAAGAGGAGAAUCAUGCAGAGGAAAAUAUUUAUAUCAUACACUAAGGACUGGAUGCAUGGCUGCCUUUGUCAUUGCUGGGACAUUAAACAGUUUGCAAAAUGUUGGCUGUUCCCUCUGCUCAGCAGCUGAACGUGACUGCACUACUCAAGCAUUAUUCACAUCCUAAUAAUAAAACAAAUAAAAGCUACACUUUAAAUUAAAAUCUUUAUCAGCCUUUUCCAGAGACAGAAACCAAAACUGGCACUGGUGGAACUUUCCAUUUCCUAAAGAAAGUUAUGAUUGUAUUUAUUAUCUGCUUCAAAUUCUCGCUUCCUUGUUGGAAAAAAAAAAAGAAGUGCCAGAAGGGCACAAUUGUGUUCACUGUGGGUUCUAUCUGCCACCUUCCACAGAGUCUGUGCCAUCAGAGGGCAGAAGUAAUCUCAGGGCUGUGUGACAAAGAGGUCACAUGGCCAGUCUUGGUAGUAUUAGUAAUUUAAUACAGACUUAGUUGUAUUUUCAUUGAAAUCAGGUAUGGCCUGUUCUGGUGACAGCUCAGUAAUGCAAUAUAUUCAUGUCUGUCCACCUGGAAUUAAAUCUGGAGGAGCUAUGGCUGCUCCCCCCAGAGGGGAUAUCCUUGAAGCCUACAGCAUCAGUACCUCAAUGGGCAGAACAGUCACAGCUUGUGUGCAGAGAAUUAUGACUAAGUGUGAGGUUUUUUUACAAACUACAUCACUGUUUUCCUGUGGCUUUCUCUCUGGGCACAUCUUUACCCUGAGAAGCCCUUGGGGUGGAAAGUCUCACCUCAAAGUCUAAAAAAUCUGAACAACCUUUCCCCCUGCCUUUGUAAAGUUAAUGAAAUUAUUUUCUUAGCUUGCAGAGAAAUCAUGGACGUUGCACAAAAUAUUGUCUGGAAGUUGGCCUUGCCUUCACACAUCUCUAGAUAUCAAACUACUCUUAAUUCCUAAGAAUGUUGAAUGUGUUUGAUGGAUUUUACCUCAAAAAUGGGAAAUAUCUGUGGCCAAGUGCCUUUCCUCUAUUGCUCUUCAGUUAGUGAUGUG